UGUAGUUACCUGUCUCUGCUGGAGCACCUGGGGAUGGGAUCCAGCAGCUACAGCCUCUCAACCGUCCGCCCUGUCAGGGACUGGAGGACUCCCACCUACGCCACCGUAGACCUCUACCUCUACGUCAUCAUAGAUGUGAAUGAGAAGUUCCAGAGCUUCACGACUGGAGUGUACCUGACUGUUUCCUGGGUGAACGAGCUCCUCCGUUGGAACCCCGAGGACUUCUGUGGGAUCACCGAGAUCAGCGUUCCCAAAGCCUCUCUGUGGAGACCCGACUUCACCGUCAUGGAGAGGUGA